UAUUUUAAUGGGACUUCUUUUUUCCAGAAAUAAUUUUAGAAUAUAACACUUAAUGGGGUCAUUCGAACAUUAAACUGUCUUUUAUUUCCUAGUGUACUUCAUAAAUUACAUGAAUGAAAUUCACUACAUAGGAUUGUUGGGAAGAUCCAGAAAACUUCGCGCAAAAGACAAGAAAGGCUCAGGAAACAUUAAGAAGCAUUUUGUCCAAUCAGCGUUCACUAGAAGUUUAGCCAGAAACAUCAAGCAAGUGAAACGUCACAUGUAGAGGUUCUGAUUGGCUGAUUACUAUACUGAUACUAUGUUUAGUAGCAUUCCAGAAUUUUCGGGAAAACCCAAGGACUUCUAAAAUACUAUAAAAACCCUAUGUUUUCUGUAUCAAAAUGAACCUUUGGGGUAAGUUGCUUCUCGCAUACUUUGCACCUUCUCUCUCGUGUUCAAGUCGCCGUGUAGUUCUAUCUUGGGGGUUACGGGAAUAACUUAGGAACCGAAUAUAGCAUUCAAUUAGCAAAACUUAUCAAGGCUGGAAAUGGUUUGUUCCCAAGCGAGGUACGUACCUAAUUUAUCUCAGAAUCCUUAUUAGCUCUGGUUCCUUGGUGUUUGACGAGUUCUCGGUAAGGAAUUUAGGAGGAUGGGUUGACAUUUACCUUCCUGAGUCACUUGCGCUGUAGACAAGAUGUUCGUUUUCCAACUAAAGGGCGAGUAUACUGCUCAGCAGUUCGCAAUAUGGCUGUGAAACUUGAUCUAUAAAAGUGGAAGACACACUUAGGCUAUACUCAGUAAGUGUUAUAAUAACUCCUUACUUCUCAGCUGAGUUAUUGAGCUCAUACACUAUUUUUAUACCAUAUUUUAUCAGGUAAUAAAUGCGAUAACUGGAAAAGACUGUUGAUUCUCUUCCUAUAACAUUAAAAUCUGAUUGACAGAGGGUUCAUUCCCUGUCUAAUGUUUAUUCUAAGUGUAAUUCAUAUGCGGUAUUCUAGUGUUUCUUAUGAUCUCUUUUUAUCGAUAUUUCUUUAACGGGUUGAUCAUCCUAUUGUCCACAUUAUUCUUAUUACUACCAUCAACAGAUUGGCAUGCUAACUGGGAAUACAGUAAUUCGUUGGACGCCUCAAUCAGAUUCUCAAUUAUUAUUAAUUGGUAAAGCUGCAUUGGAUGACGAUGAAGCUAGUUCUAUUGAAGGGGGUGGUGGCUAUCAUAGUAUCAUCAAUCCAAAUUGGGAUUUUAAUCAGAUGGGUAUCGGUGGAUUGGAUAAGGAAUUUUCAGCUAUAUUCCGACGAACAUUUGCAUCACGAAUGUUUCCGCCGGCAGUUGCGAAACAAUUAGGUUUAAAACAUGUUCGUGGUAUUCUGCUAUACGGUCCACCUGGUACUGGUAAAACAUUAAUGGCACGACAAAUCGGUAAAAUGCUUAAUGCACGUGAACCUAAAAUUGUCAAUGGUCCAAGUAUAUUAGACAAAUAUGUCGGUGAAUCUGAAGCGAAUAUCCGUAAAUUAUUCGCUGAUGCUGAAGAAGAAGAAAAACGCAUGGGUGCAAAAUCUGCAUUGCAUAUUAUUAUAUUUGAUGAAAUUGAUGCUAUUUGUAAAUCACGUGGAUCUACAGGUGGAGGUGCUGGUGUACAUGACACUGUAGUCAACCAACUACUAACUAACAUGGAUGGAGUGAAUCAGUUAAAUAAUAUACUUGUCAUUGGAAUGACUAAUCGACGAGAUAUGAUUGAUGAAGCACUUUUAAGACCUGGACGUUUUGAAAUGCAAAUGGAAAUCUCUUUACCAGAUGAAGAUGGUCGAUUGCAAAUCUUAAAUAUACAUACAUCGAAAAUGCAACAGGCCGGUAAAUUGGCACGUGAUGUUGAUUUGAAAGAAUUAGCGGCUAAAACAAAAAAUUUCAGUGGUGCUGAAAUUGAAGGUUUAUGUCGUGCUGCAGCAUUCACCUCAAUGUAUCAAUUAAUAAGUCCAUCUGGGAAAACUCAAUUGGAUCCUGAUGCGUUUGACCGAUUGUUAAUAAAACGUUCUGAUUUUCUAUACGCAUUGGAACAUGAUGUUAAACCGGCUUUUGGUGCUUCUGAAGAAGAACUCAGCUGUUAUGCUCCUCGUGGUAUUAUGAUGUGGGGUGAGUCUGUAUCACAUGCAUUAGAUAUGGGUCGACUAGCUGUGUCUGCAGUAAAAGAACCAGAUGUUGAAACGUACAGACCGUUAACUUUGUUAUUAGAAGGUCCACCGAAAGCUGGUAAAACAGCGUUAGCUGUUGAGAUUGCACGACUGUCUGGAUUCCCAUUCGUCAAAAUUGUUACGUCACAUAAAAUGAUUGGAUUCACUGAAAUGGCUAAGUGCGCUGCAAUGAAAAAGAUUUUUGACGAUGGUGCCAAAUCACCAUUAAGUGUUGUGAUUGUUGAUAAUAUUGAAGGUUUAAUUGAAUACAAUCCAGUUGGACCAAGAUUUUCCAAUUUCAUUGUUCAAGCAAUACGGGAUUUGGUUUCUCAACCAUUGAAAGCGGGUCGUCAUAUGUUAGUACUGGCUACAACCAGUUGUCGUGAAGCGUUAACAGACCAAAAUCUUACGCAAGCUUUUUCAUGGCACGUCCAUGUUGCUAUGCUAUCAAGAUCUGAACAUAUAAUUGCUGCGUUAGAAGAGGAUGGACGUUUUACAUCGAAAGAACAAGAGAUUAUUGAAAAAUCUUUAUCGGGUCGUCGUUUAUGUAUUGGAAUCAAGCAUCUGCUUGAUUUGAUUGAUCUCGUUUCAAAGAAUGAUCCAGAUCAUCGUGUUGCUGCAUUUCUUGCUAAAUUAGAAGAAGUUGGCAUUGUCGAUGUAUAAGAACGAAUGAAUAAUAUUGAUGACAGUUUGUUACUAUCUCUAUAUGUUUACAGAUAUUUAUGAUCAAAAUGGUUGUGUUAUGUCAAAACAAAAAGUCUCAAUUCCACGAUAUAUAUGUAUAUUCUGUUGAUGAAUCUGCUUAUUUAUCUUAAUCUAUAUGAUCAUUCCGUGAAUAUUUAUAUUUUCCUCAAACUAUGGUUGUUAUAUAAUCAAUUCAAUUCAAUUCCUUUUUUCUCCUGAUAAAUUUAUUGUCAUUAUUUCACAGUUCAUAUUAUACGCGAAAUUUACUUCGUUACUCUUAUUCUCUUAGAGUUGUUGUGUAACCAUCAUUAGUAAUACCAUUAUUAUUAUUAUUAUUAUUAUUAUUAUUAUUAUUAUUAUUAUUGUUAUUAUUAUUAUUAUUAUUAUUAUUAUUAUUAUUAUUAUUCCUGCGUGUGAAUGCGUACACGAAUAUAUAUAUAUAUAUAUAUUAGUGUGGUUGUGUAUGGUUUUUUUCUUCAACUAUGCAUCUUACAAUAAACGUUUAUUUACUUCUCAUUCAUUCCUUUCAACAUACACAAAAUCAUAAUGAGCCAAUGAAGGACAGACAUAUCGUGAUAUAAUAAAAACUUAUUUAUUUAUUCCUUCUCAUUUAAAUUUGUAUCUUCAUAGAAUGAAAAUAUAUCUGUUGAAGAGAUAA